CGGCUUAAUCUCGAGGCCCCGAUCUAUCGUUAGCUGAGGUUAGAUGUUGCUCGGGUUUUGGCAAUUAAAAACCCAAGCUUGAGCCCUUCGAUCUCUCUUCGUGAACUAAAAUCCCAUUCCUAGAUGCCAAGUUCUCUGCUAGUUUAGUUCCUGUCGAAUCUAUGCCUUCUCUUCUCUGGCAGAAAUUGCCGUGUCCUAAAUACAACCCUACUUUUGGUCAAAUGCAAAUAAGGGCACUUUUCUAUUCUCAUUGCAGAGCAUUGGUAUCCAAGAUUAUGAACUUCCUGCAACGAAGCAAUGGCUCCUGGGAGUUUUGCAGCUUGAAUCUUCUAUUGCAUAUUGACGUUGGCAGAUUAUUGACUUGGAGCCUGUUGGUUCAUCAAUGUAUUUAUAGCAGCAGAAUGGAGCAGCAAAUUGCAAAAGAAAAGCCUGCAAUUUCUUUCGAGUAUGAGCUCUUUCAAGACCCUGAUCAUCUAACAACUGUUGUAGCUACACUCACUCCAACUAGUCCCUGGAUCAAUCCUGCCUCAUUGAACUUUAAGUACCGAAUUGGACGGGGCCCCUUUGGUGAUGUAUGGUUAGCAACUCAUCACCAGUCAGCAGAUGAUUAUGAUGAAUAUCAUGAGGUAGCAGUUAAGAUGUUGCAUCCUUUGAUGGAGGAGGACAGAGAAAAGUUUCUGCACAAGUUCGAAAAGUUAUUUUUCAAGUUCCGCAGACUGUGCGGUGUUUGUUGGUUUCAUGGUAUCUCAAUCAUUGAUGGAAGGAUCUGCAUCGCUAUGAAAUUUUAUGAGGGGUCAGUUGGUGACCGAGUUGCUAGGUUGAAGGGUGGAAAACUUCAACUUUUUGAUGUUUUAAGGUAUGGGAUUGAGUUGGCAAAAGGAAUUUCAGAAUUGCAUUCACUAGGGCUUCUGGUGCUAAAUUUGAAGCCGUCCAACAUCCUUGUAGAUGAACACGGCCAGGUGGUCCUUGGAGAUUUUGGAAUCCCAUUUCUACUUCUUGGGGCUUCAUUGUCUAAUCCUAAUAUGGCUUUUAGACUUGGCACUCCGAACUACAUGGCUCCAGAACAGUGGGAACCAGAAGUGAGGGGUCCUAUAUCUUUAGAAACAGAUUCUUGGGGCUUUGGAUGUUGCUUUGUAGAGAUGUUGACUGGUAGUCAAUCCUGGUUUGGGAGUUCAAUUAAAGAGAUAUAUCAUUCAGUUGUGAUCAAGCGAGAAAAGCCACCUGUUCCAAGUGGUUUGCCUCCUGCAGUGGAGAAUGUUAUCAACGGCUGCUUUGAGUAUGAUCUCCGUAAUAGGCCCUCAAUGGAAGAUAUCAUACGUGCAUUGGAAAGCUGGUAG